ACAGAGAACCCAUGUCCAGAAAAUUGCAAAAAUCAAAGAUGCCCAUCACAGAGAGAUCUAAUAUCAGCUCAUAAAGAGAACCAAGGGUAGUGGAAAAUAUAGUAUAUACUCCAAAUUUAAGACAAUAGAUGGCAUGUCACCUUAUUGGUUCUUGGUGCUGCCUUGCUGGAUAGAUGAGAUGAAGGUUCCUGCCAUGUGAGGAAGAAGAAGAUGAAGAAGAAAUGUUUGGCCCAGACAAACUGUACAGGAAUACGAACUGGAGUAAAAUACUCCUCAACCCAUCCUCAAGAACAACUGAACAACGACAACAAGAAUAAAAAAGAAGAGGAAAUUGGGGAGAAACAUCAGGCCGAUUGAAAAAAUGCCGCCGGGUAGGUUAGUUGGUCCUCAAGUCAAGAAAUUUACGCAGUGUUUGGUUGGAGGUAGAUGGAGGUAGGGUGAGGUGAGAUUUAGAGGCUACCUUGUUUGGGGAAUCAAUCGGAGAAGGUAGCCGAAGGUAGGGGGAGGUAGCUUAGCCGCGGAACAGUGAUAAAAAUCCGCCCGCCGAUUCUCCGGUAACUCAAGGGCCUUUUUUAUUCAAACGUGUAACGGUGCAAGUGGGUGAAGACCCGAAGACUAGCAGGCCCGUUUGAGUUGCCAGAAUAACAGAUGGGCCGUGUGUUGUGUCACGUCCAAAUUCGGCCACUUCAAUCCUCCAGGAGAGUCUGACCACCAUCUGAUGCAAGCUGAGGCCACCGCGGCGCCGUGCAUCUCCUCCGUCUUUCCGGCAAGUUUUCCGAUUCUCUGUCUAUCUUAUUAAUUGCUUCGCUAAAAACGUAAACUCUGCGUGUGAGGAAUCAUCAUUUUUUUCUUUCCGAAUCUUCUGUGAUUAAUGAUCGGAAGUUAAUCGGCGAGAAGUGGUUGAAGGCGGCGAACGCCCAGCAAUCGGAUUCGAGAAUUUAGGAUAGUGAAUCAUCUCCGUUACGGAUCGGAUCAAAGUGUUCUUUUGAUUUUCAGAUGUGAUACUGUUGCGCUAGUCAACGUUUGUUUAGAUUUUUAUAUAGUUUGAACCAGAUACUUCCUAUGCCCCUAAUCAAUUUGUUCAAUGUGACUUCACUUCAGGUAGAUUAAGAACACUGUUGAAAAUAUGUUAUAUAGUGAAAGUCCAGUCGUUAGAAUUUGUUUAAACCUGAGAAAUAUUUAAGACCAAAGAGAAAGGGAAAAAGUGCAAAAAUAAUCUAAGGAUUGUUUUUCGUAUCAGUAGAAGCUGAGAAAAAAAUAGCUAUUGUUUGAAAUUCAAAACAAGGUUGGAAGUUUAAGCGGCAAGGGGUGAAGAUGAAGCUUGCAAAAAUGAAAAUUACCUUAAAUUGGAUUCGGAAGAAGAGCAUGGUCAGAUAAAAGGAAGCAACAUGGCACGUGCAGCCAAAGGGAAGCUUAUAUUCUCUAGGGACCAGCCCUGGAUGACGGAAGUGUCGUUGGGGACGAAGGAAGAUGAAGUCACAGAGUCGAGAAGAAGGCCAGAUCGAGAGAUAAGUUUGAAAGGCUAAAGCUUUGAUUUAUGAUGACGACACAGAAUGUACCCCACCAAAUACUGCAAUCUCCGGCUAGGCUCGGCCUCCCAACUGCAAACUCACCUUCUAUUCAAAACCCUGCCUCUCCCAAUCCAUCCACCGCCCAAGCCUCUCAAUCUCGCCCUCGCCAACACCCAAACCACACCUCGACCGCACUCAUUUCCCUCCUUCCCCCUCUCCCCAGAGCCCAGUCUCUCCUCACUCAAAUGGCCUCCCUUGCUUCCAGACUCUUUGAAGUCUCGCCCAACCGCUCCCAAUGGGUUAGUUCCUUCCGCGGCUCUCUCCCUUCCUUCUUACCUUCUCAAACCCCACCCCUCGAGCCCUCCCCUUCUACCACCAAAGAAACCCUCUCCCUCUUCGCUUCCCUUCAGUCGCAACUUUUUGAAGCUGUUGCAGAGCUUCAAGAAAUUCUUGACCUUCAAGAUGCAAAGCAGAGGAUCUCACAGGAAAUCCAGUCUAAAGAUUCCUCUGUUCUUGCUUUUGCCCGCAAGCUUCAAGAAGCGGUCCGUGUCCUUGACAUGCUAGUGGAUGACUACUCCGAUUAUCGCCGCCCGAAACGGGCAAAAUUGUCCGAUGAUGAGGACUCUUCGUUGACAACGGUCAACACCCAGAUCAAACUGUCGGAUAUAUUGUCGUAUGCUCAUAGGAUCAGCUACACAACUUUUGCUCCACCCGAGUUUGGCGCCGGACCAGGCCCACUCCGUGGAGCCCUCCCCCCGGCCCCACAGGAGGAGCACAUGCGUGCUUCUCAGUUGUAUAACUUUGCUGAUCACGACGUUGGUUUGCCCAAAACGGACAAGGGUAAGGAGAAGAUUGUCCACCCGCUCAUUGACCCAGCAAUGGAACUACCCGACCUCACAAAUAUUGUGGUGCCCGUUGGGUGGCAACCCGGAAUGCCCGUGGAACUGCCCAUCGAUAUACCCCUCCCUCCACCCGGGUGGAAACAAGGAGAUCCAGUCCCCCUGCCUCCACUAUCUGUCACCCAGAAGGUGGAGCAGCUGCUGGUGCCGCCCCCGCCGCCAGUUGUGCCUCUACAAGGGCCGCCCAAGAUGCCGGAGGUCAUACAAGUGCGGCAUGUGCAGCUUGAUCUUGACGAUGACAGUAGUGACUACAGCAGUGAUGAUGAAGAAGCCAGCUCUGAUAGCGAAGAUUGAUUUUUUCUUUUAAAUUUGUAGAAGGAAAACGAAGCAUAUCUAUCUGCCUCCUCCCCUGCACCAUGGCUGUGGCGGCGGCGGUGGUGGUGAAGGGACAAAGAUGAGUUAAAUUGCCGAUUAUGCCCAUACGGGUGCGAGGGAAUUCGUCGUCUUGAAGGUUUCAUUCAAAAUGUAGUGAAGUGUUAUUCAUGUGUUGUGCCAAAGUCGAAUCUAUCAAUGCAGUAAUAUUAUACAGUAGUAACACAAGCCUCGGUUUCUUUAUUUUGUGGACUUUUUUGGGCGAACGUUAGAAACUUUGAUCUAAUUUUACUACUGGUAAUAAAUUACCAUUAAUUGU